AUGGCCUCUAACGAUCCUGGCCUCGCCACCGUCGCCGCGCCAGCAGAAGACCCGCUGAAAGGCGCCGUGGUGAACACGUCCUCCAACACCAGCGAACGCCCCGCCUCAUCAGCAGAAGAAACAGUAGCGACAGAGGAGGUCAUCGCGCCCGACCAAUUCGACGAGCGCUACACGACCACGCGGAACGAAACCUGGGCCUACUACAGCUACUACAUCGGAAACAACGGCCUCAGCCUCUUCAAUUUCGCGCCGACCGCCGCCCAGAAUCUCCUCUACCAACACGCCGAAGCCAUCGGCGGCCCAGACAACACCAUCGUGAACUUCGCCGGCGCCGACCGCACUAUCAACGGCAUCAUCCUACUCUGCAACGGAAUCAGCUUUGCGAUUCAAGCGGUGCUCUUCCUCAUCAUCGGCGCCUAUGCCGACUUCGGCACUUUCCGACCGAAUAUCCUCAUUGGCCUCAGCCUGGUGGCGUGGGGAAUCGGGUUUGGCUGGUUGGGUGUGCACGAGGAGCCGCUGUGGCAACAUGGUCUGGGACUGUAUAUUGUCGGCUUGAUCGCCUAUCAGCUCUGUCUGACGUACUGGACGGCGGCGUUCCCUGGUCUGGCGCGCAACACGCCGGAGAUGCGCGCCAUGGCGGAGAAGUUCGAGGACGGCGCGUGCUCUCGGGAUGAGUAUAAUCAUGCUGAUAGUAUGAAGCGGAAUGAAUUGUCCAAUGUGGCGUUCUAUGUCCAGAGUGUGGCGGAAUUGGUCAUUUUGGCGGUGAUCGUCGGGGUGAUGUUUGGGUUGAAUGUCAAUGAUAGUGUCGAGGCGAAUAAUUACGGGCUUAGUGUUCUGAUUGCGUUUGCUUCCGGAGUGUGGAUUCUUGUCGCGCUGCCGUGGUUUUGGCUAGAGAAGAGAAGACCUGGGCAGGACCCGGGAAUGAACAUUGUGGUUGCUGGUCUGUGGCAGUUGCGGAAUGCCAUGACACAGGUUUGGCAAUUGCGACAGAGCCUGUUCUAUCUCAUUGGAUACUUCCUCCUCGGCGACUCACUUAACACCACAGUCACCGUUAUUGGAACCUUGCAGAGCGAGAUCGUUGCGUACAACACUUUGCAGUUGACCUAUCUCCUCAUCGUGGGCAUUGCUGCACAAGCGGUGGGCAUCUGGAGUUUUUGGAACGUUCAGAAGCGCUAUCAGCUCUCCACCAAGACCAUGUUCAAUGUGGUGGCCGUAGGGAUCAUUGUUCUCGACGGCUGGGGCAUGAUCGGCAACUGGACCGAUAAAUUUGGCUUCCACCAAGCAUGGGAACUCUGGGUCUAUCAGGCCUUCUACGGCCUCUUCGUCUGCCCGUGGUACACGUACUCUCAGACGAUGAUAUCUGAAGUCACUCCGCGUGGCAAGGAGUUCCUCUUCUUCAGUUUGUUCUCAAUCAUUGGCAAGACUUCGUCUUUCAUCGGGCCCUUUGUGACCAGCGCCAUUAUCGUGGACGCCGACAACAACAACUCUGCGGCGUUCUACUUCUUGUUCGCGCUCAGCUUGGUGAGCUUCCUCUUCAUGCUGUUCUUCGUGGAUGUCAAGCAGAGUCGCGUGGAGCAGGCGGAGUUUCUGGAGAGAGAAAGAAUCGCGAAGCUGAAGCUGCGAGGAGACUCGGAGGAGUCGAUAUGA